AACCGUUCUGUCUCGGUCUCAUAAAACAAAACUGACCAAUUAAAAUCUGCUAGGGAAAAACGAGAUGAAUACCAGGAUGUAUUGAACAUGUUUUUCAAUGUAUGGGCAUUGUAUGCCAUUAUAUACUAAUUAGAUAAUAAUUUCAUUUUGGGGAGCACAUUUUCGCCUAGGGGUCCAAGGACAGAUUGACAAUGGAGAAGCCAACCCUACCAGCGACUAAAAGGAAGCAUGGUGAAGACCGUGGCUUUGUGAUCCCCAAGAAGAAGAGAACUGAGGAGUCGGCCGGACCCGGAGGCAGUGCCGACGAGCCCCAGACCGCCACCGAGAGCAAUGACGAAAUCACCAAGGUUCAAACGGCCAACCAGGAUGGACUGGCUACUGCAGUUGCCAACCACUACAAUCAGCUGGAGAAUACCGGUGUCCGCGACCGAAUCAAAAGCCCCAUCUUCUACCUCAGAAACUUUAACAAUUGGGUGAAGAGUAUGCUCAUCGGCGAGUUUGUGCACCGGCUGGCAGACGAGUCGGUGACUGGCCACCGGCCCACCGUGCUCGACAUGGGCUGCGGCAAGGGCGGAGACAUGCUCAAAUGGAAAAAGGCGGAAAUUCGCCACCUAAUCUGCGUGGACAUUGCCGAGACGUCGGUGGAACAGUGCCGGGGCCGGUACCGCGACAUGAAGCAGCGUAACGAGCGGGAGCGGCACCCGCAACCGCUCUUCAGCGCCGAGUUCAUCGCCGCCGACUGCACCAGGGUGCGGAUCCAGGAGCAGUUCCGGUCGCCCGAGAUGCGCGUGGACCUGGUGAGCGUGCAGUUCGCGCUGCAUUACGGCUUCGAGAGCUUGCAGCAGGCUGAGCGGAUGCUGGAGAACGUCUCGGACCGACUGAGACCGGGCGGCUACUUCAUCGCCACCGUCCCAGACGGACACGCCAUCAUGGCGCGUCUGCAGCGCGCAGGCGGACGCCAGUUCGGUAACGACCUGUUCAAGGUGCGCCUGCGCGAGCCGGAGCGGCGGCCGCCGGCGCUGUUCGGCGCGCAGUACGACUUCUUCCUGGAGGGCGUGGUCGACUGCCCCGAGUUCCUCGUCUUUCUGCCACUGCUGGAGAAACUGUGCAAGAAGUACGACCUGGACCUGGUCUACAAGAAGCGCUUCAAUGAGAUGUUCAGCUCGUACAAAACCACGCAGGAUGGGAAGAUGCUGCUCAACAAAAUGCAGGCACUGGAGGCGUACCCGCCGCAGCACGGCGCCGAGCUGCUGGCAGAAGAGGAGGAGUACAGCCACGCGCGCGCCGCCGCCGAGCACGAGCGCUGCGUGGGCACCAUGUCCCGCGCCGAGUGGCAGGCCUGCAGCCUCUACAUGGCGCUCGCCUUCAAAAAGGCCAAGCCGGCGCGGUAGCGACCGCCGACCUCCCCCCGGCUCGGGGUGGACGGAAGGGAGCGGGGUUCUCGCUGUGUCAAGGGCUCCCGGUUGGCGUCCGUUGGGGGUGCCGACGGACGAGGGACGCACGUCCGAUCCACAGGGUUCAAGGAACUGCGGGCGGUUAACGACGAACAGGUGAUGAUGUCAUUGGGCCGCGGUGAUUAGGCUAGUUAUCACGGCUAGCUAUGCUCUCCGGUGGAAGGGUCUCUGUGGUUUCAGUUUUAAUUGAUGUUCAGGAUGAGCUGCUGAGCCGAGCCCAGCACAGCCUGUUCUGAUGACCCCGCGAUGGUAGAAAAUGACUGGCAGCAUCAAAGGAACUCCUCCCUGUUCACAUGGUGUUGACAGCUGUUGGUAGUUUGAUCCAACUGCCAGUUGAACUGUUUGAACUUUUCUUCCGUUUAGCCCUACAGUUGGGCUAUUCUCCCGUUUUCGGUCGAACAUUUGGGCUACUUCAAGUCCGCACGGUGCGCGGCCCUUGGUUAAUCUGAUCUCGCCCCCUAAGUGAUGUGUUUGUGUUGUCAUCCCGCGUGCAGGUGUUCAUUGUGGGCUCGACAGAUUCUGCCGUUUCAAUCGAUCUUGUUUCAUUGCUGUCGUGUUUUCGUUUGCACGUUUUUAUCCUAGGUUCGCAUAAUUUGACGGCCAAUAUGGGUCUGUGAACAGGUGCUCGUCGGGUGGAACCCAGUGUUGUAACUAGUUCACGGUAUUCCGUUGAUGAAUUCACCGGUCGGAUGGAUCACUUUGAAAUUUGUCUCUCCACGCAAGUUGACGCCGUUUUGCAUGCCAUUAGCGCAGAGCGUCAUAUGGAUAUCCGUUUGACGGCACCGCAAGGCUCUCGAAGCCGAUAAGGGGCGAAAAAAAAUCGUCUCAAAUGUGUGCUACUUGAAAUCUCAGUUUUGUACAAUACGCUGUUUUGUUACAAAUAUUCAAACAUUGCUGACUUUAAAUAAUCUGACUCCAUUACUGGGCGGACUUGAGGUGCGCACCAGAUACCGAGGCGCUCCGAACUUGCCCAAAGAAUGCCACAAGAGACCAGUGAGGUCAAUUUACCGAGCGUGCAACUCGGGAUUCCUAUGACUGUUGAUUGCGGCAGUCUAUGCUGCGGCGUCCAACGCGGUUGCUGCUCUGUCAAACGCGUCACGGCGCCUCUCACCGGUGAUGAUGUGUCCCGGCUGUCCGACUCGCCCCAGCCUGUGGGUAUGGCUACUGACUACUGCAGCUGGAUACAGCCUGCCUGCUGGUGGCGGACCUUUGGGACUAGUCUUUCGGUUGUGCGCGCCAUGCCGCAGAUUCGAUGCCGCUGGCGGUCCACCAGAAAUCGACUGUGACUAAUGACAAUACAUGAGACUUCAGAGCA